AUGGAGGGUCAAACUCCAAGUCCCCCACUUCCAGCCCACCAAGCCCACACAAAGCCCAUCUCUAAACUCAACUCUUACGUAGCCAACACCAGACUAGGCAAAUGGUUCAAACUCUCCCAGCGAAACUCCACUUUCACCACCGAGCUUCGCGCCGGAACCGCCACGUUCCUCACCAUGGCUUACAUCCUCGCCGUCAACGCCUCCAUUUUAACGGACUCUGGCGGAACCUGCUCUGUUUCAGAUUGUGUUCCUCUCUGCUCCAACGCUUCCGUUUCAAUUUCCAACUGUACUGGCCCAUCUCUUCACGUCAUUCAACCUGAUAUCUCUUGCAAAUUUGAUCCCGUUAACCCCGGCUACGCUGCUUGUCUCGAUAAAACACGAAAAGACCUCAUCGUCGCCACCGUCGCUUCUUCUCUCAUUGGUUGUUUCAUCAUGGGCGCUUUCGCUAAUCUACCACUAGGUCUCGCUCCUGGCAUGGGCGCCAACGCCAAUCGGUCUCCGCGCAAAGCUAGCAUCCGCGCAAAGCUAGCAAAACUCGUACCAAAGCCCGUUCGAAUAAGCUCCUCAGCCGGAAUCGGGCUUUUCCUCGCCUUCAUCGGGCUUCAAAACAGUCAAGGAAUCGGGCUCGUCGGGUACAGCUCCUCGACUCUAGUCACACUCGGCGGCUGUCCAAGCUCAUCACGGGCUUCACUCGCUCCCGUGGUAACCGCAAUUAACGGUUCCGUUAGUCUAUUAUCGGGCGGAACCGUUUCCAGCGAUAUAUUCUGUCUAAACAACAGAAUGGAAAGCCCGACUCUCUGGUUGGGCCUAGUGGGCUUUAUAAUAAUCGCCUACUGUUUAGUUAAAAACGUGAAAGGAGCUAUGAUAUACGGCAUCGUUUUUGUAACCGCCGUUUCGUGGUUUCGAAACACCAAAGUAACGGCGUUUCCCAACACUGACGCUGGCGAUUCAGCUCAUGAGUAUUUCAAAAAGGUUAUAGACAUUCACACGAUAAAAAACAACCGCAGGUGCGUUGAGUUUCAGUAA